AAAGAGCGGAACCCGGACGCUUUCCAUGUACGCACCUCCUGUUUGUGUUCCUCUGCUUUCACAAACCAGGAAGAUGGAUUCGCCAUCGAUCAGAUGUUCGUUUCACCUGCUUGUUUGUUGGCUCUUCGUCGGUGUCGGCUGUAGUUCCGUGGAAAAGAAGAUUUAUGUGCAUCUCAAUUACACUUUGCCGUGUGUGCGGCUGCUGAAUGCAACCCAUCAAAUAGGCUGCCAGUCCCAUUUGUCGGGUAAUGUGGGCGUCCUGCACGUGCUGGAGUCAGAAGAAAACCUGGACUGGGUCCUGCGUUCUGGUCUCAACCCUCCUUACCUGGUGAUCCUGGACUCGCCGCUCUUUACCAGGUCCAUCAUGAUGAAGCUGAAGAACGGCUCCAGCAGAGUGGCGGGCGUCGCUGUUGUGGCGCCGAGCACCAACCCGCCCGAUGGCGUCUCCCCGCACACCAACUGUCCCAACGAGAACACAGGCGUGUACACGGAGAAAUACGACCCCGCCUUGGCCCACUGUAACGUGACGGUGUGGAACCCUUUGGGAAGCGGCUUGUCGUACGAGGAGUUCGACUUCCCCAUCUUCUCUCUGAAAGAUGACAACGACACCAAAGUCAUACGACAGUGCUACAUGGACCAUAACCGCGCCGUGAACGGCAGCGCCCCUCAGCACCCGCUGUGCGCCAUGCAGCUCCUCUCCCACAUGUCCGCCGUCACCGACACGGCCACCUGCAUGAGGAGGAGCGACCUCAGCGCCUUCAGCCUCAGCCCAGGUCUCGACACGGUUUGCGACCCGUUGGCUGACUUCAACGUUUGGGCCUCCACCAGGCCUCUGAACAACACCGCCAAGGGCCACAAGGAGGGCGAGAGCGUGGUCGUGGCGGCGGCCAGGCUGGACAGCAGGUCCUUCUUCUUCGACGUCGCUCCGGGGGCGGAGAGCAGCGUCUCCGGGUUCGUCGCUCUGCUGGCGGCGGCGCACGCUCUCCGCAGCGUCACCCAGGAGGCUCCGCCCCCACGCAACAUCCUCUACGCCUUCUUCCAGGGGGAGACCUUCGACUACAUCGGCAGUUCGCGGAUGGUGUACGACAUGGAGAAGAAGCAUUUCGUGGUGGACCUGGACAACAUCCACUCGCUGCUGGAGAUCGGACAGGUUGGACUGCGGGUGAACUCCUCGCUGUGGCUUCACUCGGACCCCGUGUCCAGGAAGAACAGCAGUGUGGACGGAGAGGUGAAGAAGCUCCUGGAAAGCCUCCGGGCCGGCGCCGCGGGUCUGAACGUCUCGCUGGCGGAGCCGUCUUUCUCGCAGCCCCUCCCGCCCUCCUCCUUCCAGCGCUUCCUGCGCGCUCGCCCAAUCCCGGGCGUCGUUAUCCAGGAUCACCAGUCGUCUUUCACCAACAGGUUCUACGAGAGCAUGUACGAUAACGCCGGGUACCUGGACAUCUCUUACCCACCCGACCUCACGCCGGAGCAGCAGCUCCAGUUCGUCACCGACACCGCCACGGCUCUGACGGAGGUGGCCACCGUGGUCGCCCGCUCCCUGUACGCGCAGGCGGGAGGAGAUCAGGCCCGGCUCAGCAGCAUCAACGCCGACCCUCAGAUGGUGACCCAGAUGCUGUACGGAUUCCUUGUUCGGUCCAAUAACUCCUGGUUCCAGCAGCUCGUCCCCUCUAACCUCAUGAGCUUCCUGGCCGACAGGCCCACCAACCUCUACGUCGGCGUGUUGAAUCAACACAGCGAACUGACCAUGCUGGUCCAGCACCUGCUGGCUAACCUGACCGGUACCACCGUUAACAUCACGCAGGAGAACUGCAACUACCAGAGGGAGGACGAGCAGGACAAGGCGAACAAACACAUGUUCUUCUACGUGUGGGUUCAAGGAGCGGCGCCUCCCAAUGCCACGGAGAGGGAGGGGUUCUGCACGCGCUCCACGGUCCGCCUCACCUCAGCACUGUCGCCGGCCUUCGAUCUGCAGGAGUACACCUCCAAAGAUUACUCCACGUGGACCGAGUCCCGCUGGAAGUCCAUCAGUGGACGCAUAUUCCUGGUGGCGGGCCACGAACUGGAGAUGUUGACGCUGGGCGUGGGGCUCGGCGUGCUGAUAACGUCGCUGCUGCUGACGUACGCCAUGAGCGCGAAGGCCGACAUCCUCUUCAGCUCGGGGAGGGAGCCCGUCAACGCCACCUACUAAUCCAGAGCGCGGCGGCGCGGGCCAAGACCACUACUGCUCCUACUACUACUACUAUCCCAACCAGACAUGGACAGACAAGCCGCGAGUAGGUACACCGGUUAGACACAGCAGCAGAGGUUUAUUAUUGUUAUUGUUAUUGUUUUUAAGAAGACGACCACUCCAUGUUUAUGGACUCCCAUCGGUGAGGCGUGACACGGGAACCGGACUCAAAACGCUGGUCAGGCCGCGUCAGUGGAAGAGAUGUUUAUAUUUCUUUUGUUCGUCCUCUCUUACUAUCGUCAAAGAAUGUUUUUGAUUGCGGUGCCACGGGAUAGGCACCCAACAUCAGCAUCCGUUAUGAACAUGUAAAUGAGACUGUGAGUGUGAGAUCAACUGUGUGCGUUUGUGUCUGAGCUUUGUAUGAGGAUUGCUGUGGUAUGUGGAACGCUGCUGCGGCUGUCGUCCCGCUCGAUGGAGUUAACUUAUCAAGCCGCUCUGAGAAGGAAAAAAAACAAACAAAAAAAACACUUUUCAGUUUGUGAACAAUUAGUUAAAUUUAUGCUUUUGCAAAAUCUGAACACGUGAAGUAUUUUGAUAAGCUUUAGUGUUCUGGGAUGUUGACAACAGUCCUGAAUAUUUAUAUUUUUCACUCGCAGUGCGCACACAACUGCACGUGCGUGUAGUGGCUGAGCCGCUGCGAUGUCACGUGUGGUGAUAAUUGUGUGUGAGGAGAGGAAUUCCCCCGAGGAGCCUCGGCGUGGCAGACAAACACUUUAUUCCAUAUCGACCAGCUGCUUAAAGGAACCGUCAAAUCCAGUCCAAAAAUCCCGUGUUUUGCCACAGAAAAAGGCGCUGGUACUGUGGCUGUGCGCUAAAAACCUUUUUUUUUUUUUUUUUUUUCAAAGGGUUCGUUUCUAUGGUGACUUUUAGUUUAAAAAGUGCAUUUUAAUUGUGUCGACACUCACAAAAGGUUUUGAGUUCUGUUGUAAUUUUAGUGGCUGGAAUCGAAGACCAGUUGUGAUGCCUUGAUGAAGAAAUAAACAUUGCUUCAAUUUCCA